UAUUUUUUUAUUUAAUUUUUUUUUUUUCGCCGAAACUUCUGCGCCGCGAAAGGAGGAGGGAUGGGGAGGAAGGUGUUCCUGGCCGUUCUCUACCUCUGCCUGCGCUUGGUGCCGGCUCUCGGCGAAGCCGAAAACAAUUUCGAGGGAAUUGAGAGCAAGUUUUCCUUACGGACGCCUGCAGAGCCCGAUGAGGAUGUCUGCUACCUGGUGCCUGGGCAGGUGGACAGCCUGGCACAGUGCAACUUCAAUCACACCAGUAAAACCUUUGUGGUGAUCCACGGCUGGACGGUGACAGGGAUGUAUGAAAGCUGGGUCCCAAAGCUUGUGGAUGCUCUGUACAAGAGGGAACCUGAUUCAAACGUCAUUGUGGUGGACUGGCUAGUUCGGGCUCAGCAGCACUACCCAGUGUCUGCUGCAUACACUAAGCUCGUGGGAAAGGAUGUUGCUACAUUUAUUGACUGGAUGGAGGAGCAAUUCAAUUAUCCUCUCAACAAUGUCCACUUGCUGGGGUACAGUCUAGGUGCUCAUGCUGCUGGGAUUGCUGGAAGCUUAACCAAGAAGAAGGUGAACAGAAUUACUGGGCUGGAUCCAGCUGGCCCUACCUUCGAGUAUGCUGAUGCCCCUACCCGCCUCUCCCCGGAUGAUGCUGAUUUUGUGGAUGUCUUACACACCUACACUCGAGGCUCUCCAGACCGCAGCAUUGGGAUCCAGAAGCCUGUUGGACACAUUGAUAUUUAUCCCAACGGUGGGGGUUUCCAGCCAGGCUGCAACUUGGGAGAAGCGCUCCGUCUGAUUGCCGAGAAAGGCUUUGGAGAUGUGGACCAGCUGGUGAAAUGCUCCCAUGAACGAUCCAUUCACCUCUUCAUUGACUCCCUCCUCUACGAAGAAAAGCCCAGCAUGGCCUAUCGCUGCAACACAAAGGAGGCCUUUGAGAAGGGUCUCUGCCUGAGCUGCCGCAAGAACCGCUGCAACAAUUUGGGUUACAAGGUCAACAGAGUGAGAACAAAGAGAAACACCAAAAUGUACUUGAAGACCCGUGCUCAGAUGCCCUAUAAAGUCUUUCACUACCAAGUCAAGAUCCAUUUCUUUGGAAAGACUAAUAUGACUAAGACAAAUCAGCCAUUCCUGAUCUCUCUCUACGGCACUCUAGACGAGAGUGAGAAAAUUUCUUUCACACUGCCUGAAGUCUCCUCAAACAAGACCUUCUCCUUCCUGAUUUACACAGAAGUGGACAUUGGGGACCUGCUUAUGCUGAAGCUGCAGUGGGAGAAAGACACUUUCUUCAGCUGGACUGACUGGUGGACUCCUUUUACCUUUGACAUCCAGAGAGUCAGAGUGAAGUCAGGAGAAACUCAGAAAAAAGUGGUGUUCUGUUCUCGAGAUGGCACCUCACGUCUCAGUAAGGGAGAAGAGGCAGCAAUAUUUGUGAAGUGCUCAGAACAACCUGCCAACAGGAAGAGAGGAGGUGCCAAGAAAGCCUCUAAAGAAAAUUCCGCUCAAGAAUCUGCCUAAGUGACAAGAAUAAAGAUUUUUCCACACUGGGGAGGAGGAGAGUCUGUUCAUCCUUGUGGACUGGAUGUUCAGUACCAAAUAUAUAGAAAUAUUUAUCCGCUGCUGGCUUUUUGCCUGCUAUUCCUAGCUAUCUUAAGAGACUUCUUGUAAGAAAGUCUCAGCAUAUGAAGUUACUAACCCUAAAGAUGCAUUAUCCAAAUAGUUAAAAACAAGAAGAAACCUGAAAAACAACUUGCCAAAGUCUUGAGUGCUGAAAAGGAAUAAGUGAUUUUGCUUAAUCAUGGUGCCUUGUGACAGGGUUUCUUGACAUCAGAUUCUCUACAGCAAUUUUCUAGUAUUUAUUGAAAAAAAAAACAAAGCCCUGUACCUGUGGUGGUUGGUUUAAUUUUUUUUUUUUGUUUGUUUGGUGUUUUUUUAGUGUUUUGGUCUGGGGUUUGUUUUCUUUUUUUUUUUUUGUUCUUUUCAGGAGUCUUUUGAAACUGGACAGAAUUUUUUCUACUUUGGCUAACUGAAUUUUUAGGUAGUUCAGUGGUGAGAAUUCAUUGUUUUCAAAUGUGUUUUUAGCAAAUAAGUAGGUUUCUCAUGUG